AUGCAGGGAUAUCAUAGAGAAGGCUUUGGGAGCAAGAUUACACUUAAGGUGGAUAUUUCUAAGGCUUUUGACUCCGUCAGAUGGGAUUUCCUUCUGGCUACUCUUCAAGCUUACAUGAUCCCUUCGACUUUCCUCAAAUGGAUCAAGUGUUGUGUAUGUUCUCCUUCUUUCUCUGUGAGCAUUAAUGGAGUUACAUCUGGAUAUUUUAAAGGGAAGUCAGGUUUGAGACAAGGGGAUCCUUUAUCUCCCACCCUCUUUGUCUUGUGUAUGAACGUUCUUUCACUGAUGCUUAAUUCAGCGGCGAGGGAUGGCUCUUUUGGUUAUCACCCUGGUUGUGGUGAUUCACAGCUUACUCAUCUUUGUUUUGCGGAUGAUCUCCUGAUUUUCUUGUAG